AUGCCUUUUGUUUCAACUUUCAGUUAUCUUUCAAUACAUAUCAUAGAAUCUAAUUUAAAAAACAAUACCGAUUCAUUAAAUGUUUUACUAUGUGCUUUACCUCAAAACUAUGAAUAUGUAAUAAACUCAUUUAAAACAAUACCUGCACAUGAAUUUUUAGGUGCAUAUAAUAAACCCUUCGAAGCAAAAUUCUGUGUUAACAUUACUACAAUCGAGCAGGUUAAAUUAUGGCUAGAACAAUUUACUGACUUACAUAAAGUAACAAUGCGUGAAAGCCAAGGAAGAACCAUUAAAGGUGUUCGCUAUCUUUUUUCAAAACGGUUUCACUGUAUUCAUAGCCAUAUUGUGAAAUUAAAGCAAGGAUCUCAAGAUAAAAAUAUUGUUAGUAAAAUCGAAGAAAAUAAAGAUUCUAUAAAUAAUACACAAUUACGAAAUACCAAUUGUCCUGCAGUACUUAGUAUACAAUUGAGCACUAAAUUUGAAUCUCACCCAUUAUCUGAAAUUACAAAAGAUGAUAUUUUUGAGCUUUUUAAAAUUGGGCAUAGUCUUAGUAGCAUGUACCAUACAUAUUUCGAACGAAUGCAAUUACAAUUUGAAAAUAAUAAGAAAAUAUUAGCAGAUCGAUCGAUUUGUCUAUAUAAAAAUGAUUUUUAUUAUCUUCAUCAAAAAUAUCAUGCUCAAACUAUAGGCCCUCAAAAUGGAAAAGAUAUGUUUAAUCGUUUAAUAAAUGAAGUUGCUGAAUUCAAUGAUAGUAAAAAAAGAGAUGCUUGGGUACAACCAUAUAUUGCUCCAACAAAAGAUAAUUUAGGACAACCAUUUAUUCUUAUAAUUGUAACAAAUCUUAUGAAACGGUGUCAUACCUUACGUCAAGCCGGUGAAUUAAUUUAUAUGAACACAACAGCAGGACUUGAUAUUCUUAACACUCCUUUAACAGUUCUUUCCACAAGCACUCCUGUUGGUAGUUUACCCCUUGCAACAAUUCUUACAUCAGAUGAAAAAACAGAUACUUUAAUGAAAGCUUUAGAUAUAUUAAAAAAUGAAAUUAAUAAUGAAAAUAGUUCUAGCAACGAAAUUAAUGACUAUGAUAUUGGCAAUUAUUAUGAUACUGAUAACGGCAGUAUUGAGGAUGAAGAUAAAGAUAUCAUUAUUAAUGAUGAUUUAGCAGCUGAAGAUGAUAGAAAUAAUGAUAGCGAGA